AUCAAACCAUUUCUAGACCCAGAGCAGAUCACAAACCUCCGCCGGAAUAUUCCCUCCGAUCUCCAAAGCCGGAAAGUCCAUCUUCAAUCGAACCAAAAAACCUCUAACAAAAUUCUAAACGCCGUUCGAAUACCGUCAUAUCAUCUCAAUCUCUACCUGAAUUCUUCAAAUUCCUAUAGCUCCGGUUUAUAAAACCCUAGACCUAAUCCUCAAUCGGAAGAUGUCGUCGGACUUGUUGCUGAAGCCGUCGUGCGGCGGAUGCGGAUCGACUUCUGAUUUGUACGGGAGCAACUGUAAGCACAUGACGUUGUGCUGUGCUUGCGGCAAAACCAUGGCGGAGAACAAAGCCAAAUGCUACGACUGCGGCGCCGUCGUCACUCGCUUGAUUCGAGAAUAUAAUGUGAGGGCAAGCACUGCCAGCGAGAAGAGCUACUUCAUUGGUAGGUUUGUGACGGGGUUGCCCAACUUUUCGAAGAAGAAGAGUGCUGAAAAUAAAUGGACUCUUCGCAAGGAUCUUUCGGAUCCGAGAAGGAGUAAGGAUAAGGAUGGACAAGAUCAGAAGAAAUAUAAGGAUGUUCGGCCGCCUACUGAGGCCUCUCGGGAGAGGCACAAAAACAAACCAUGGGUCUUGGAGGACGAAACUGGCCAGUCUCAGUACAACGGUCAACUCGAAGGUGCACAGUCAGCAAUUUACUACCUAUUAAUGUUGCAAGGAAAGGAGUUUUCUGCUAUUCCUGCUGGUUCGUGGUUCAACUUUAACAAGGUUGCACAAUAUAAGCAACUUACUCUAGAGGAAGCAGAAGAGAAGAUGAACAAUAGGAAAAAGACUCAAGAUGGAUAUGAAAGAUGGAUGAUGAAAUCUGGAACUAAUGAACCUGGUCCACUUCGUGAGAAGGAAACUGGUGUGGCUGGUGGUAAGGGACGCAAAAAAAUGACUGGUGAUGAUGAUGAGGGAAAUUUCUCUGAUAAAGGGGAGGAAGAUGAGGAAGAAGAGACAGCAAGGAAAAAUAGACUUGGUCUCAACAAAAAAGGUGGUGAUGACGAGGAUGAUGAAGGUGGAAAUGAAGAAGAUGACUUAGAUGAUGAUAGCAGUGAGAAGGGUGAUGAUUGGGAGCACGAAGAAAUAUUCACCGAUGAUGAUGAAGCUGUUGGUAUUAAUCCUGAGGAGAGAGAAGAAUUCGAACCUGAGGUUCCAGCUCCUCCGGAAAUUAAGCAGGAUGAUGACGAUGAUGAUAAUAAUGAAGAGGAGGGUGGGCUCAGCAAAUCAGGAAAAGAGUUGAAGAAGCUACUUGGGCGAAGUGGUGGCCUGAAUGAUUCAGAUGCAGAGGACGACGACGACGACGAUGAUGAUAUGGAUGAUGAUAUUGCCUUGCCUCAAGCGCUGGCACCAAAGCAGAAGGAUGCACCCAAACAGGAACCAGUUGACAACAGUCCUAUUAAACCCGGGACUUCUGGAUCUGCUGCUAAAGCAAACCCAUCUUCCUCCAAGUCGGCAAAGGGAAAGAGAAAAUUAAAUGGUGAUGACGCUAAAGCAUCCAACAGUGCACCUCCCAAGAAGGUGAAGACCGAAAAUGAGCAAAAAUCAGUCAAAGAGGAGCCUGCUUCUGAAAGUAGUGUGCCUGCAAAAGGUAGUGCUGCAUCCUCGAAAACGGGUUCAACACCAUCUGGUGGUCCUACAGGUCCCGUAUCUGAGGAAGAAAUUAGGGCAGUUUUGAUGCAAAAGUCACCCAUCACCACACGUGAUCUUGUUAAUAACUUCCCCGGACGACUCAAAUCCAAAGAGGAGAAGGAUGCUUUUGCAGCAAUCCUGAGGAAAAUGUCUAGGAUACAGAAGAACAACGGGAUCAGCUAUGUUGUAUUGAGGGAAAAGUAAUUGUACUCCUUUGACAAUGGAAGUAGCAUAACAUUUUGAAGAAUUACUAUACUUGACUACUACAACUUAAUAUCCUGACCUGUAUUGUAAUGGUUAUUUUCCCUGUACAAUAAUCUGGUUCUGGUUUGACAGUGAUUUUGCUAUAUCAUCAAUGAAGGAGUCUUUCGACUGUUGUA